AUGGGGAACGACGGCGGCGUCAUCGCUGUGAAGCGCAAGUUCAUGCGCCACGCGAACGUCAAGACGCGCGGCGAACAGGCGGACCAGGAGGCGCUGCGUGCCGAGAAGGCGCGUACGUGUGCGCUGUCGUCGCAGCCGCUGCAGGAGCCCAUCGUGGCGUGUCGCUUGGGCAACUUGAUGAACAAACAGACAGUGAUCGAGCAGCUACUGGCCAAGUCGAUGCCGCCGCACGUGGCGCACGUGUCGUCGCUCCAGGACGUUGUCACGUGCCGCGUGACGCGCGUGAAAGACGACACCGACGCGCGUGGCUGGUGCUGCCCCGUUACGCUGGUCGAGUUUACCGGCAAACAGCCGUUUGUCGUGCUCUGGACGUGCGGCUGCGUGCUGUCGGAACGUGCUCUGAAAGCCGUUGACACGUUGGAGUGUUUGGUGUGUAGCACUCCGUUUACAGAGCAAGCGGUCGUGACGCUGCUGGACGAGAAGGGGUACAAGGAAAAGCAGGAGACGCUGCUGGAGCAAAAGGCAGAGGCGAGACGCACCAAGAGGAACAAGAACAAGGUCAAGCAAGUGGACGAGACGGACGGCACGAAAGCGGACACGACGAAACGUCAGAGCGGCACGAAGCACAAGCGAAAGGCCGAGCAGCGACGAGACGCCAAAGCCGCCAAAGUGGCAAAAGUGGCGAGUGAGUCGAUUUCCAACGCCAAGGAGAAGAGUCGCGUGUUUGCGUCAAUAUUUUCCACGACGAAGCAAGAGAAAGUGAGUGCCAAUGACUUGCUCAUGACGAUUGGCGGCAUGCGCUACACGCUGUCGUAG